AUGGGCGAGACAAAUAUGGAGGCACUUAUUGCCGUAUUCAAGAGCUGGUUUGUGUAUACUGUUGCAGCAGUCGGCUUACUGUACGUCGUUCUUAAGGUUUUCAGCACAGUUAGACAUAAGUCCGGGAGACGACCUCCUGGACCUCCAUCUUUGCCAUUGAUUGGCCACCUCCAUCACCUUGUAUCUGGGUUUUCUCACCAAACGCUAGUCAGAAUCGCUGAAAAAUAUGCACCCAUAAUGUGGCUCGACCUGGGACCUGUGGAUGUUGUGGUUGUGUCUUCCUCGGAUAUGGCCAGGGAGAUUCUGAAAACUCAAGAUCACAUAUUUGCCUCCCGCCCUCCAACCUUAGUUGGAGAUUUGGUUUUUGGGAAAGGUCAGGAUCUGGUUUUUAGUCCUUUGAAUGACAACGCUCGUCUAGUCCGGAAAGUGUUUACCACACGAUUACUUUCGCAAAAACGGAUCGAUUUAUUUAAGGCUGAAAAUGGCAAAGGAAAAUUUUCCAACAUUAUGGAGCCCAUCAUUGACAACCGCCUGAAGGAAAACACCAACUCGAAGUCAUAUGAUGAGGAGGACUUCUUGGACGUGCUGCUGGCUAUGAGCUACUUUACACGUGAUCAAGUCAAAUAUCUUCUUCUGGACAUCAUUCUUGCUGGAACUGAUACCACCUCUUAUACGAUUGUGUGGGCUAUCACUGAGCUUCUGAGGCAUCCCAACUUUAUGGAAAGACUUCAGAGUGAGCUCGACGAUGUGAUCGGUAAAGAGAGGCUGGUUGAAGAAGCCGAUCUCCAGAAACUCGAAUAUCUGGAGGCAGUAGUGAAGGAGACACUACGGCUGCACCCAGUCGGUGUUAUAGUUCCUCGCUAUUCUAUGGAAGCAACAAAAGUAGCAGGAUAUGAUAUUCCACCCCAAUACCCAGAUCCUAAGGUUUGGGAAAAUCCUCUGAAGUUUGAUCCUUCCAGAUUCUUAAACAGCCCUGUAGAUGUGAAAGGACAGUAUUUUGGGGCUCUACCUUUCGGUUCUGGGCGAAGGAUGUGUCCGGGCAUGAAUUUGGGGCUCGUCUCUGUGGCCUAUAACCUCGCCCAACUGGUUCAUGCUUGUUCAAUCUCCCUGCCCGAAGGCUUGACUCCUCUGGACGUAGAUGUUGAAGAGAAGUUUGGACUCGUCGUAGGGAAGCUGAAUCCUUUGAAUGUACUCAUAUCGAGGCGACUGCAAUCAAUUUCUUCAAAAUUGAUUUCUAUCUAG